AUGGCACGAGUUUUAAUGGGUUAUGAAGACAAAAGGCAUGAAGAUGAAACUGUAAACGACUUUACAUCUAUAAUUGAAACUGCCAGGGAAAAUUUUAAAGAUGCUAAAAUAUUACUAUCAACACCAAAAUGUUUAUGGUCGUUAACCAAGGCAUGGCCCAGACACAGUGGUCGAUGGGAUAAACUAUUAUCAAUAACAGGUAGAUAUAUUAACAAGUACACCAAGGAUGCCUCACUAGAGUAUGAAAACGAUGAUACGUGUGUUUUAUCUGAAUUGUUGAAAUCUGGGGAAUUAACUGGACCAGAAGCUCAUAUUAAUAUAACAGAUCUGAUUUUAGCCAGUAUUGACACGGAAUUGGCUCUACUAGAAUAUCUUAUAAUACUGGCUUUUGUUGCACGACAAUUCCAGACUUCCAGUACAAUACUAUGGUGUGUAUACGAACUGUCAAGGUCAAAAGAAAUACAAGACAAGUUAUUUCAAGAAAUAGAUGAAUUUCUGAACAUAAAUAAGGACCUUAGUUUUGCAGGAUUACAGAAUCUGCCAUAUUUAAGAGGAAUUAUACGCGAGUCGCAGAGGCUCCACCCAGUAGGAUUUUUUAUGAGUAGAAUGAUACAAGAACCUAGCACAAUCAGAGGAUACCAUAUCCAGAAGGGAAGCCAUGUGGCAGGAUCUAUGUAUGUAAUGGGAAGAGACCCUGAUAUGUUUCCCGAACCGGAGACCUUCCAUCCUGAACGAUGGUUUGGUGACAAUCCCGAUUUAGAGACAUUCAUCAACAACGUUCCAUUUGGUUUCGGGCGCCGGAUGUGUAUAGGUCGUAGAGUUGCUGAUUUGGUAAUAUCGUGUUUUAUAUUCAAUUUGGAGAGAUAUUAUACUAUCAGCCAAAUUACAGACCGAGUAAUAGAACCAACAUUUCGUUUAUUGAUGGUGCCUGGUGAACCUAUUCAAAUUCGACUACAGUCCAGAUAA